UGUCAAUUGGUAAAGUGUCUACCAUUGGUGAAAGUAACGUAUUUUAAACGUUUGAUGGAUGGAGAGCAAUAAUUUUUUUGUCUUUGGGUAUGCCUAGUAAGAAUGGAGGUACAAACUGAUGCAAACGUGGAAGAUGUUGAUAGGAAAAGUCUUGUUAAAGAAAUCGAGCAGAUUCAACUGGCUCUAGGGUCUCAAACGAACGGAGCAGAAUCAGAAACCAUCAGAACGUACAGAGCCAUAAACGUCGACAUAGAUGGGGAUGACUCUGACGAUGAGCUGGUUAUUAUAAAAUCGCCAGAGUACCACUCAACAAGCGAUAAUGAAAGAUUUGUUAUGAAGCAUGUUCCUUUUGAAGUCAUAUCAUCUGAGAGUGAUGAUGAAAGUCAGAGAAUUGCUGAUGUUCAACAUUCUUACUGCAGCAAUCCUCUCAAUAUUGAACCUGAAUCAUCUCUUGAAUUGAAUGCAGAUGAUGCUUAUAAUUCAGUGAAUCAACAUCAAAUUUAGAGCAACGAUGUAGAUUUAGAAAUUAUGGUAGACAAUCCACUGAACACCAGUCAAACUGAGCUUACUGACCAUGGCUCAUUGCAAUUGGAAAAUAACACCGAUGGCAAAACUGAGAACUAUUGUUUAACUGAACUUCAACCAGCUACUAAUGAAUCUUUACAAAAUAUCAUUCCAACAAGUGUGGAUGAAAACUUGAAAUCUUACUCUACCAUGUGUACAGAUCCUGAGGCAUUGUCUAAUGAUAACGAAGAGGUCUUGCUCAGUGAUGAAGAUGAACAAUCUAUUGAUCAGAAACAAUGCCUGAAGCUGAACAGGCAGUAUCAAGCAGUAAUUAAAGCUCAACUGAGAAAGAUUGAAAGACUGAUUACUGAGAACAAAGAAAAACAACUUGGAUUAACUCAAACAUCCCCUGCUAUGGCUAAAAAUGCAGAGAAUUUGGAUUUCAAAGGCUUGCAGUCUUUCUUGCCAUAUUUUAAAUCACACGGGAAUAAGGGUCCUGAAGACAAUGAAGAUACAGUAUUGCGAAAAAGUAUUGACCAACCGAGUCCUUUUGAGCUUCCACCACGACCAUGGUCAAUAGAAGAAGAGAAGACUCUUUCAGAUGCAGUGAAAUCAGACGUACUGCAGUCUAAGAUAAAGCCAUUGUUACAAAAAGUUGAAGCUCUUACUCCAAAACCAAGAAAAAUGCCUGAGGAAGAAAAAGAACUCGAAGAAUUAAAUAUGGCAAUAGAUCGUCUUAACAAGCAAAGAAACAGCGUUUGUGCACGCUUUGACGUCGGCGGCUGUUGCGUACUCUAUCACGAAGUCUUGUUCACGUGGAAAAUUUCCAGAUUGCACGUGUUCGAAAAAACCAAGGCCUCAGUUUAGCAACAUGCGGCGACAUUGCGACGAUAAAGUUGAAUACGGAAUUUAUUUUUCUGAACUGUUCGUUGAUGCACCAGAUAACGAUAGAGAAGCUAGGAGAAAAUUUCGACGAAGUGGUCAAAAUUUUGUCAAUCUACAUAACAGCAAGGCUGGAAGACAGGCUCUUAUGGCGUCGUUAAUAACACGAUGUCGUUGCUACGGUUUGUCACAAGGAUGUGCCAUGCGGUCGUGCUGGAAGGUUCUACCGAAAAUUGAAGACGUUGGCAAGAUAUUAAAGAUGAAAUAUGAGAAAUCCGUGGAGGUUAUCUAUGCCAGAAA